AUGUUUAAUCGUUUCUUUGUUUCUUGUGCUACGAACUUAAGAUCAAUUUGUAGCACGACUGGCCAUGCGUUCAAAAAAUGGUUACCCCAAAUGGAACAUCCGGAAAGCUUUACGUUUCAACAAUUUACUGAUUCGGAGGUUCGAACUGCUCUGAGGGAAUUAAAGGUGAAGAAAGCCACCGGUGUAGACGGCAUACCAAGCAGAUUGUUAAAAGACGGAGCUGACGUAUUUGCCUAUCCAUUGACAGUUUUGUUCAAUUUGUCAGUUCAACAAUGUAAGAUCCCUGGGGAAUGGAAGAAGGCAAAAGUUUCGCCACUUUACAAGAAUGGCGCAAAGAGUGAUCCAAAACAUUUUCGCCCUAUUUCUGUUUUACCAGUAGUAUCUAAAGUUCAGGAGCGAAUUAAUCCAUAACCAACUUGCAUCGUAUUUUGAUGAAAAUAUCCUGUUGUGUAUAUCUCAGUCAGGAUUUCGAAAGGAACACUCAACAGAAACGGCGGUAACCCAUUUUGCAGACCAAAUUCUCAUGGGCAUGGAUAAAGGGCUAGUGACGGGUGCCGUUUUCAUUGACCUAGCUAAGGCAUUCGACACAAACGACCAUGAUGUCUUAAUUCAUAAGCUGAAACAUUAUGGCGUAUCCAAUGAAAGUCUAUUAUGGUUUAAGGAUUACUUCUGCUCAAGGAAGCAGUUUGUAACUAUUGAUUCGCAUAGAUCUGAAGAGCUGGAUAUCGCUUGUGGGGUCCCGCAAGGGUCAAUUCUUGGCCCGUUAUUAUUUAUCAUUUACAUCAAUGAUUUAUCAUCUUGUAUGCGAAGCUGCUCAGUCAGUAUGUUUGCAGACGAUACAGCAAUAUACUUUGCGGCCUCGACGGUUGAUGUGGUGAAUGAUAACAUCAAUGAAGAUUUAAAUUGCUUAUCUGAGUGGUUGAAAGAUAAUUACCUGGUGCUGAAUAUCACCAAAACCAACUGUAUUUUGUUCUGCUCACAGAGGCACGCUGAACGAAACAGAGCUCUUACCGUGAACUUCUUCGGGUCAUGUAUCGAAAGUGUUAUCACUUUUAAGUACUUAGGUGUAGUAUUCGAUAGUCAUAUGACGUGGAAAGAUCAAGCGGAUCAUGUAUACAAAAAGGUCGCAGUACGAGUUAAUGUCUUACGGCGUAUUAGAACAUUUCUAACGGAGAAAGCAGCAAUACAUGUUUACAACGGUAUUAUCCUGGCAGUGUUCGAUUACUGUGUCAUUACCUGGAGUAGCCUUCUGCAACAAGACGAGGACAGAUUACAGCGAUUGCAACAUCGCGCCGCAAGAAUUAUAACACUGAGUGAAAGAUCAUCCAAAGCGAUGGAAAAAUUUAAAUGGUCUUCAUUGAACUGUAGACGCUCUUACCAUAAAGCUAUAUUAGUUUACAAAUGUCUACAUUCUUUAGUCCCGAAUUAUUUUUUAAAUUAUUUUAAGAAAUUUAGUAAUGUGCAUAGCUACAAUACUAGACACAAAAAUAGGCUAAUACUUCCCAAAGUCAAAUAUAAUUUUGGAAAAAAUACUUUUAUCUUCAGUGGGGUGCAGGUUUAUAAUAUGCUCCCUGAUCACGUGAUGAAGGCUGAGUCCAUUCACACGUUCGCACGUCUUGUACGAAUUGUGUGUAAUGAGCUUUCUUAUUGA